GUAUUUUUUACGAAUUUCAACAAGGAAAAACGCAAAAGUAUGCGAAUCGAUUUGUUCCUUUCUCGGUAAAAGUGUUGUAUCACGAUGUAUGGGUAUUUUAGUUUAAGCGGUGCCCUAGCUAUAAUAACGCGACGUGUUACCUUAACCGUCAGUGUAUUACGAUUCGCCGAGUAGGAAAGGUAUAGCUUUCGCGAAUCGUAAGCAGAUCGUAAUAUCGCAAGUUGUAUUUGUUCUGAGUACAAAAGUAAACAAGUAUUAGAAGUGGAAAUAACAAAUACGGGGAAUAUAUCUAUUUGGGUACAUGUAUAUCUUUGCGAAAUAUUUAGAUGGAACCUCUGAUACUAUUAUUAUUAAGUCAUAUUUCAAUGUGCACCGCCUCACUGCUACCUUUUGUUACCGAUAGUGAUCAAUAUGUAAACAUGUUAGGACUUGCCUUACCGCCUGAUGAUCAAUUUGCUAGUAUAGCGGAACGACGUUGCAAGAAUGUAUCACUUGACGAUCGUUUACCGGUUAAUAAAUUACGGCCAACUAAAUAUAACAUAUCUUUUGAAAUAAAUAAGCAAAAUACUAUAGUCUACGGUAAAGCUAAAAUUAUGAUCACUGUUGAAAAUCCAACUACAAUAAUAAGCUUGCAUGCUUAUAAAAUGCGUAUUGUGAGUGCUUCGAUAAACCUAAAGAAAGUGAAUACUUACUCAUUCGAAACGUACAAUUUGUUUGGCUACCGUUAUUGCAAACGAUCGCAGAUUUUGGAUUUACUGUUUAAUAAAAUGAUACCUACCGGAGUUUGUAGGUUAACAAUCAAUUUCAACGUUCCUAUUUCUACUGAGAAAGGUAUAGUUAAAUACGAGUACAAGAAUGCAGGAACAAACCUUGACAGAAAAUGGUUAAUUACCAUGCAAUUUAACGAGGCACGGAAAGUGUUUCCAUGUUGGGACGAGCCCGGAAUAAAGGCAACGUUCGACAUAUCUGUCAAGCAUCCUAAGGAUUUUUCACCUUUUUCAAAUAUGCAAAUUAUCACACAUAAUUGUUCUACAAUUACAUGCUGGACAUAUUUUGAAGAGACGCCUUUGAUAUCCCCAUCCAACGUUUUGAUUGCUCUGCUUGAAAACAACGUUAGACUUAAAUUUAAUAAUAUAUCUAAGACUGACUUUAUGUGGUACAUGUCAGAAACGGAGAUGAUGCAAGAUACAUUGAGAACAGUCGCAUUAGUGUAUUUGCGCUCCGAGUCCUUUACGGGUUUAUCCCGUAAUCUAUUGAUGAAGAGGGAUCACAUAUCAUUUGCAAGUAACACAAUAAUCUCAGUGGGAUGUUUUGGCCUUAUAAUAUACAGUGAAAAAGAUGUUCUAUAUAAUGAAAAUUACGAUUUCCCUGGCCGCAAGAAUGAUAUAAGCCAGCUGAUUUCACAUCGAAUGACACGUGAGCACUUUGUAGGACUGGUUACCGGGACUUGGUGGACCGAUCUGUGGUUAGGCGAAUCACUUUCGAAGCUUUACAGUCAUUACAUCGUUUCCAACAGUUUAGAAUUAAUAGAACUUUAUGAGAUCCAAAUCCUUCAACAAACUCUUCACUAUGAAACUAACUUUAGAAUGGAAGUCCUUUCCGAAUACAAUGUACAGGCUACGGAUGAAAUUGAUGCUGUUCUUUGUUCUCGUUGGUAUUAUAAUAAAGGAUUCGCUCUUUUACGCAUGAUAGAGCAUAUGAUCACGCGGGAUAAAUUUCAACUAGCUGUCAAAGAAUAUUUAAAUACAUUACAAUUUCGUUCAGCCACUCCUAAUGAUUUCUGGGCCAUUUUACAAAGUGUGCUUGAAAAAAAACAAAAGAAAAAGUUUAGAAUAAAGGAAAUUAUGGACACAUGGUUAAGUAAAAAAUACUAUCCUGUUGUGCAAGUUCUUCGUGAUCGUGAUCGUAAACAGAAUAUAGUGACAUAUAAUAUUACUGGAAUUCUGAAUAUGAAAAACUCCACUUGGAAAGUUCCAUUAACAUUUACAUAUCUUUCAUUCUCUAUUGGUCAUUUUGUCGCCGACCAUAUUUUGAUAACCAAUUCUUCCACUGGAAUUAUUGGACUGGGUAGGAAUGCUGAUGUUAUUAUAUUUAAUUCUCAAAGUGCAGGGUAUUAUCGCGUUAAUUAUGAUGAAAAUACUUGGAUACGAAUUGCAAAUUUCUUGAACUAUGAUGCAUAUGAUAAGAUGCAUGUCCUCAAUCGUGCGCAAUUGAUUAAUGACGUGUAUUAUCAAGUGACACAAGGCAACAUGUCACCGUUCACGUUUUGGGAAAUCGCAAGACAUCUGCGUAGCUCGACAAGUUAUACAGCCUGGUAUCCGAUGUUUAAUAUUCUAUCGUUCAUGUCGCACAUUUGGAAUAGCCCGAAAGCGAGAUAUAUGAAGAUACAGAUACGUGAAAUAUUGGAAGAGUUACUUCAAAAUUUAGGAUACGAAGAAAACAGUUAUGAGGACAAUAUGUAUAAAACACUGAGAUUAUUAGCAACAAGAUGGGCUUGUAAGUUAGGGGAUACGAAAUGUCAAUUAACUGCCAGGACGAAAUUGCUUGGUCAUCUGUUAAAUCCUGAAGAUAACAAAAUUGCACCAUGGUGGAAGAAUUGGGCAUAUUGUGCCGGCAUGAUGACGGCGAACGAAACUGUAUUGGAUAUACUGCUUCAAAGAUACAUAAACACCACAGAUAUAGAUAUAUUGAAAUACGUAUAUUGCUCGGAGGAUGCACAAAUUAACAUAAAAUAUAUGACAUUAAUGUCAGUUAGAUUUGAAAAUGUUAAAUUUAAAUAUGAACUUUAUCGUGUUCUUAUAAAGAAACAUGUAGCAAAAUAUGAUGUUCUGAAAUACAUCAUAGAAAAUUAUUUUGAAAUACACUGGUGGAGAAACGUUCCUUUAAAUUUGUUAAAUUUAAAUCUAUUGGGCGAUAUGAUAAUGAAUGUAUAUACCAUUGAACAUAUCAAUAUGAUUGCGGAUUUUGCACAUAUUCAUUGGGACAAAUUAAAAAUAAAUAUGUAUGAUAUAUUUGCAAUAAUGCAGAGUCAAAAGGAAAGAAUUCGCGAAAUACAACUUGAGAUUUCGAAAUUUUAAAUAAAAGAAGAAACAUAUAGUUUCUCAACCAGGGAGUUUACAAGAUGUGAUAGAAUUCGAAUAAUAAUUCAAAUAACUAAUAAGUGGGCGAAGUGAAGGCUGCAAAUACAUAAUAA